UCCGCGCGCGCGCACGCACUGUGCCCUGCGCGUGCACGACACGCUGCGCACAGACUGCAUGUGUAGAGAGAGAGAGGGGGAGAGCGAGCUGAUAUCAAGUGGUGACGGCGAGCAGCAGAGAGCACAUAUAGUUUAGACGAGCGGAUGCGACAAGAUGCUGAGCGUCGCCUUGCUGUGCGUGUGCGCCGUCACCCUCGGACGCGUCUCGUCUCGUUCUGACAGUGGCAAUUUUUUGGACGAUAAGUGGCUCACUGGAAGAUGGGAUAAAUUCAGAGAUGAGCCGGGAACAUGGACGUCCUCCAAGCCCUUUGAUCAAGGCCUUGAUCCCGCCAAAGACCCGUGUCUGAAGAUCAAAUGUGGCCGCCACAAGGUGUGUGUGGCUGAGGACUACAAAACAGCCACUUGUGUCAGCCAGAGGAGGUCUAGCUUUAAAGAUGCCAGUGUGUACCAGAGUCCUGGCUCCAAGUGCAAACCUUGCCCCGUGAUCCACCCUUCCCUUGUUUGUGGAACCGAUGGGCACACCUACUCCACCAAGUGCAAGUUAGACUACCAGGCAUGCAUCACUGGCAAGAAGAUUACUAUCAAUUGCCCUGGCAUGUGUCCUUGCCCCACUCAGCCUGAAGAGAGCUCCACAGAGCGGAAAGUGUGCAGCGAGUCUGAACUCAAAGAGGCGGUGGGUCGACUGAGAGACUGGUUUAGAGUGCUAUAUGACAAUGGCAACCAGAACAGAAAGAUCCAGAAGAACAAAUUUGAGGUUGGGGCAUUACCUGUAUGCAAAGAUCCUCUCGGAUGGAUGUUCUCUCGCCUGGACACAAACUUUGACCUCCAACUGGACCAAUCAGAGAUCAAGAGCCUCUACGUGGACAGGAAUGAGCCUUGCUCCGACAUUUUCUUCAAGUCUUGCGAUACACGCUCUGAUAAAGUUAUUUCCAGCUCUGAGUGGUGUACCUGUUUCCAGAGGUACACAGACUCCCCUUGUAAAGCUGAGCUGUCAUCCAUCGGCAAGAAGCAAGUGGGAAAAAAGCUACUCGGCCAGUAUCUGCCCUCCUGCGACGAGGACGGAUACUACCGCUCGCACCAGUGCCACAGCAGCAGCGGUCAGUGCUGGUGUGUGGAUCGCUAUGGCAACGAGCUGGCCGGCUCGCGCACCCAUGGCCCGGCUGACUGCGGUGUGAUUUUAGAGUCUUCUGGAGAUCUCGGUAGCGGGGACUCAAUGAUCACCGAAGAUGAUGAAGAUUCCUUUGUCCUCAACGAGCAGGCUGGAAUGGAUGAUGAGGACGACGACGAUGACGACGACGAUGAAUAUUUGUCGUAAUUCUAUUGUAUUAUUUUUUUUUAAGAAAAGAAAAAAGAGAAACUGUUUGUUUGGUCAAACUGCACGUUUCUAGGCAACCCCCCCAGGCAGAUAUUUCAUUGUACUAACAGCCUAAGGACUAAUCUGUGUAAUCUUUGUUUUUACCUAUAUAGCAAAAAAAAGAUGUUUCAUUUUUCUUUUCAUUUUACGCCCUACUGUUAGCUAUUGGCAUUUGUUGCCUCGGGUGCCGUUGGCAACAAAAAUAACCAAUUCUGUGCUUUGGAUGUGGUCACAUGUGCAAAAAGCUCCCCUUUCAUUGGACACGCGUGUCCUCUAGUGUGUCCUGUCCUUGUACACCACUCAAGAGUGUUGAUGCCUGAGGCGCGGUGUUUAAGAGAUUUCCCUCUUCCUCUUCUUUAUCCCUCGCUCUCUUGCUCCUUAUCUAAUGUUCCUGUGUAUAGGUGGGAUGUCGAUGAUGUAGAUAAGAGACUAUUGCACUCUUGAGGUUUCUUUUCAUCUCCAUUCGUAACUGUGACUGUGGAAAAACGAGCCUGGUCAAACACGCUGUAAGCGUUGAGACAAAAAAAAAAAUGGAGUUGGAAACCUAUAUUUAAAAAAAAAACAAAAAAAAACAAAUCAUCUCAAAAGGCUCAGCUCCCGAUUAGUGCUUAGAGGGAGGGGAAAAAGCCAGAGGCGUCGAGGGUGAAAAUGAUGAUGUAUUUUUCUAAUCCAUUGUUGGAUGAUUACAGAGGAUUUGUUGUAGCAUGUUCAAACGCCGCGUGACGUUGCAGCGGCCAACUUCAAAAUAGCGUGUACAGAUUGAAGCACGGCUAACAACAAAUCACAUAAAAGAUGUUUACUGAGUUUAGGAGGGGAAAAAAACUGCUGUACAGUAAAUGUUAUGCGUUUUUCUUUUUGGGGGUCUUAUUCAAUUCGAAAAGAAGAAAUGCGUUGCACAGGAAAAGAGCCACACAGCCAUGUGGGGGGAUGAAAAGGUGAAGGUGUGCCUUUUUCUAGCAUGGACAGGUGAUAGACUGAACGUGGCUUAAGAUGAUCUGAUCGGGAAAUUACAUGAGAGGGACUUUACUGUCUGGCAUUUCUCAUACUGUAGCUCCUGUUCUCCUUUCUUUCGUAGGAUCGCUAAAAUGUAGAGAAGCACACAAGCUAUUUAGGGGCUAAAGAUGUUUAAUUCCGCUGGAUUUAAACAUUUUAUACAUUAGUACACUGACGAGAUUGGAGAUUAAUUUAUAAGAUAUAAGAAUCUUUGCUCACAUAUGCAGCCAGACCUCGUGGAUCACUGACAAAGAGAUGGACAAACUGUGUUUUUUUUUUUCUUUUUCCAGUUUAACCUGCUUGACAUUUGUAGGAGAAAUUGACAGUAAUAAGCACACUUUAAAAAGAGCAAAAUACCCGGUCAAGUUACCGCCACAGGGCCUCACGAAUCAAUUCUGCUGGAAAGUGGUGCUCAUGGGCAGAACUAAAUGUGUAACAAGAAGUUUUGAGAAUUGUGUCUAUAAGAAGAAAAUGUCUGUAAAUCUGAGUCUGUUUUGUUCAACAGUUGUAUUUUACAAAAGAAUUGUAUUCAAGCAUCAGAGAACGCAAUUAGAACAGUCUUUGAAUAGAAAUAUACUGUCUUUCUAUUGGAUGAUAUUAUUGAACUUCAAGGUUUUAUUGAAGUGAAUAUCUGUUACAAGCUUCAUAGAAAAUAGUAGUCAUAGCAAAAUGUGAUCAAUUGCAAUUCUAGACAAUUGUGCUAUUAUAUAUAUAUAUAUAUAUAUAUAUAUAUAUAUAUAUAUAUAUAUAUAUAUAUAGCUAUAGCCCAUAUGAUGACCCCACUGUUCUCAAUUAUUAUGUUUUUAUUCUAUGUAAACAUUCGUCUCCCACAUCCCACGUUUAAAUGUUGUGCGCUCAAGAUGGCGACAUGAGCUAAAAAUGGUAUCUCUUGAAGUAUGACAUUCUUUUUUCUUCUCAUAGAAAUUUAUAUCAUAAACAAGUGUAGGGUGCUCAGUGGGACACAUUGUGGUCUAGAUCAUUAAACUGUUUAUUUUUCAAGUAGGUCUUGAUAUUUCUCAAGUGUGCCAUCUGUGACACUAAUAGUUUUUGGUUUGGCUCUCUUAACAUGGAAUUCCACUUCAAAUCAAGAAAUUCUGAUAAAUAAUUCUACUUGACUGGCUUAGAGUAGACAUUGUAGCUAUUCUUAACACUGUCUUGGUUAGCGUCUAAAGCUUCUGGCCAUACAGAUGCAUUUGUUUUUCUUUUCUUUCAUUUCUUUUUUACAGUGUACCUAUGAUUUGCUGAAAUAAAAAGCUAUAUUGACCAUU